CUGCGUGGCAACGGGGCUGGCAGCGGGGACCGCCCGGCGCCGCACGGAGCGGAGCGGGCGCGCUCCCUCGCUCCUCGCUGGAUGCUGCGGCGGCCGCCCGGGAGCAGCCGCGCUCCGCCGAGCCCAGCCGGGGCCGCCCUUCCCGGGAGCAGCCGCGCUCGCUCGCUCGGGGCCGGCGCGGAGCGGAGAUGGUGCCGCUGCUGCGGGCCGCCGGGGGCUCCCACCCGUGGCUGCCCGUGGUUUUCCUCGGCCUUUGCUGGCUCCUUCCUCCCGGGAGAUUCGCCGCGCCGGGCGGGGACUUCCCGGGCUCUGCCGUGGACAAUCUGGUGGUCAGGAAAGGGGACACGGCCGUGCUGAGGUGUUACCUGGAAGAUGGAGCCUCCAAAGGGGCCUGGCUGAACCGCUCCAGCAUCAUCUUCGCGGGCAGUGACAAGUGGUCCGUGGAUCCCCGCGUGUCCAUCGCCACGGCCAACAGGAGGGAGUACAGCCUGCAGAUCCAGGACGUGGAUGUGACGGAUGAUGGGCCCUACACCUGCUCCGUGCAGACCCAGCACACGCCCAGGACCAUGCAGGUGCACCUGACCGUGCAAGUCUCUCCCAAGAUAUUCCGGAUCUCCAGCGACAUCGUGGUGAACGAGGGCAGCAACGUGACGCUGGUGUGCCUGGCCACGGGGAAACCAGAGCCCUCCAUCUCCUGGAGACACAUCUCCCCCUCGGCCAAGCCCUUUGAGAGUGGGCAGUACCUGGACAUCUACGGAAUUACGAGAGACCAGGCUGGGGAGUACGAGUGCAGCGCAGAAAACGACGUCUCCGUCCCAGACGUGAAGAAAGUAAAAGUCACAGUGAACUUUGCCCCCACAAUUCAGGAACUUAAAUCCAGCGGUGUGAUGCUUGGAGGGAACGGCCUGAUCCGGUGUGAAGGUGCAGGAGUGCCUGCCCCGCUCUUUGAGUGGUACAAAGGAGAGAGGAAACUGAUCAAUGGUCAACAAGGAAUCACUAUUAAAAAUUAUAGUACAAGAUCCCUUCUUACUGUUACCAAUGUGACAGAAGAGCACUUUGGCAACUAUACUUGUGUCGCUGCCAACAAGCUAGGGACGACCAAUGCCAGCCUGCCUCUCAACCCUCCCAGCACAGCCCAGUACGGGAUCACCGGGCACGCCGAGGUGCUGUUCUCCUGCUGGUCCCUGGUGUUGACGCUGUCCUCCCUCAGCAGCAUAUUCUACCUGAAGAACAUCCUUCUGCACUAAAUGUAAAGACCCAUAAAAGGCUUUUAAGGAUUCUCUGAAAGUGCUGAUGACUGGAUCCAAUCUGGUAGAGUUUGUUAAAAGCAGCGUGGGAUAUAAUCAGUGCUUACAUGGGGAUGAUCGCCUUCUGUAGAAUUGCUCAUUAUGUAAAUACUUUAAUUCGACUCCUUUUUUUUGAUUAGCUGCAUUACCUUGUGGAGCAGUACACAUUGUCCUUUUUUAAGACGUGAGAACUCUGAAAUUACUUUUAGAGGAUAUUAAUUGUGAUUUCAUGUUUGUAAUCGACAAGUUUUCAGAAGCAUUCAGUCAUGGUCUGCUGAGUCGCAGACUGUAGUUUACAAAAAAAAAAAAAAGGAUAUUGCAGUAAAAAUGUGCUUCUUUAAGGCUGCAAUACAAACAUUCAGUUCCCUUCUCAACUAGCAUUCUAUCCAAACUUACACAAAAACAUUUGUUCUUUUUUGAGUAAAAAAAAAAAAAAAAUCAAAUAACAUUGCCUUCAAAAUAUUUCCUCAAAAUAUUACACAUAUCUAGAUUUUCUUCUAGCAUGAUAUUCAGGUUUCAAGAAUGAGCCUUGUACUAUAACUGCAUUGCGCAGUACUGCUUCUGUUCUCUUCCCUCUUUCCUGCCAAGUCAGCAUGGUUGUGCCUUCAUGAAACACGACUUUCCUCUUCCUCUCCAACCAGUCUGGAAUGUGUUUUGGGAAAUGCUGAAGCAUCCUUUUGAGCAUAGGAAAUCCCUGGGUGAGGACAGAGGUGCUGUGGGCUCUGAGGAAAGCUCCUCUCCCACAGGGUCAGGGCGUAGCUCAAGGCUGGCACCAACCCCUUCCUCCCUCCAGCACCUCUGACCACUGUAAAAUCGACAUUUCCCGUUAGAAAACAGAGCUCCAAUUCCUCUGUGGCACCUUUGGAAUGUCAGAAUGUUCCCCUAAUGCCAAAUUCCCACCUGGCUGUAAAGGUCAGGAUCGUCCCUUUUGUAUUACUGGCAAAGCCGACGUGAAUUGGUAUUUUUCUUGCACUCAAUUUUGUACUGGUUUGGCUGAUUUAGCAAUGAUAAAGGAUGCUUUGAACCAUGAGACACCUGCAAAUCCCUGGAGUAUCAAGCAGGAUUUUCUAUCUCCACAUAUCCCUGUGGCAGCGAGGGCACAUCCUCGGGAGAGUCCCCUUAGCCUGGGGGACUCUGUGUCCCUGCCAGCCUCCCCAGCACCGUGUGCAGCUCCAGGGGACACUGCUGUCACCUGCUGAAGGACCAGCUCAGCCUGGCAUGUACCUGAUCCCUGAAAUCCCUGCUGGUGCUGCUGUGGGGUGCUGCUCACAGCUCACCCCACCCGAGAGCUGCCACCUCUGGGACCCUCCGGGGUGGCCGUGGCCAGCAGCCCUUGGGCACCAGAUCCCCUGGUGGCCCCAAGAGCUCCUGCCUUGCUCACCAACAACUACUGGCAGCAGGAACAGCAAAAUCCUCACAAAUCCCAGGCUGGGUUGGACUGGAGGGGCCUCAAAGCGCAUCCCACCCCACCCCUGCCAGGGCCAGGGACAGGGACAGGGACAGGGCCAGGGACAGGGCCAGGGACAGGGCCAGGGCCAGGGCCAGGGCCAGGGACAGGGACAGGGACAGGGACAGGGACAGGGACAGGGCCAGGGCCAGGGACAGGGACAGGGACAGGGACAGGGACACUUCCACUCUCCCAGGCUGCUCCAAGCCCCGUCCAGCCUGGGUGGGACAGCAGCACUUUCACUGUGAUCACUCCCAGGUUCCGUGUUUGAGCUCCAGUAGGUGACACGAAUCUCCCAGCCCCUCGUUUUUCCUCCUCACGGCAGGUUUUGGCAGUGAGCAGCACCAGCUGAGCACUGGGAAUACUCAGCAGUCCCAAGAUCCCAUUUUUUCAACAAGGAGAACUCUGAGUUUCCUGGGCUCAGCCUGAGGUGUCCCAGGCCAAUGUGCAGCCAGAACGUGCAGUGCCUCUGCUGUCCCUGCUGAGAAAGGGAUGAUGGAACAGAGAUGGUCACGCCAAGAGACGGCAAUAAAACAUCCUGGGUCACUCUGCGUGUGUUCAGUGACAGACUGUAUUAUUUCUCUCAUUAUUUACAGCUGUGUGCCAAGCAGCUGCUGUCUUCAGAAAAGUGGCAUUUUUUAAAACCUGGAAUAACAUGAGCGAACCCUUUCUGCGAGGAAAGGGUACAAACUCAACUCAAAUGAGUUUAUCAGUCCUGAUAUCCCCAUCUCUCUUGUAUUGCAGCUUUAAAGUGCUCUAUUUCAGAAUCCAUUCACUAGAAACAGUGGUGCUGCAGGAAGUCUUGUGUCAGUGCAGUCUUAUGAAGGGAAAAAUAAGGAUAUGGAUAACCCAACCCCUAUGUGUAAAAUUGGGAGAGGGUUCUAUACUGUGGCUGGAUCAAUCCUGCAUUCCAACGAUACAUUGCAUUCCAGUGAUUCCUGAUGUUUGGAACCUGAUCUGUCCAGCAACAGAAUAGAAUGAGCAGCAGCUUUAUUAAAUAUGAAAAGAAGAAUAUCCAGCCAAGUGCUGAAUGUUUGCAUUCACACCAGGGUGACACGGACAGGGGGAUCCUGUCCCACGGCUGAUUUUCACCUGGGGGGAACAUCCUUCCUGUCCAGGCCAGACACAAACAGCCCAAGCACAGCAGCAGCAGCAGCAGUGGGAGCUGUGUGGGUGCCAGGGGUGUUUCUGGGGGGUGUUUCAGGGUGCUGGGGCUGUGUGAGGGGCAGGGGCAGCCAGAGGUGGGACAGGGGGACACUGGUGCUCCGUGCACUGAGCUGGGACAGGCUCCCAGGAGCAG